CAUGUCCCGAUCUGAGUGGGACCGAAAAGACUCGAGUCCAGCUUAGUCCAGGUUCAUGCCAAUGCCAAUGGCAGAUGGUGUGCUCGCUAUCCUAUGCAGUGCUCAGCUGUGUCACUGUCACUGUGAUCACUCGAGAGGCUGAAGCAGCGGUCAUCACAUUUGUGCAGCUCGGAACAAGCUCAGAUCAGCUAUGGCGGCAUCCGCAGCAUUGCUCUCUGGGAGCGCCGUCCAAUUGGGGGCACCAUUCAGCAGCACAAGGUUGUCACACUGUCGCCCUGGCACAGCAGCGACUGCCCCCCUCGUUCCUGCUUUUAGUGCUGUCUCCUGGGGGCAUGCCACGCCGCCACUGCCGGCCCGUCGGCCGAGCGCUGUGCGGGCGCAGGAGGUGGAGAGCAAGGAGGCCACCCUGACUGGCGUGGUGUUUGAGCCAUUCCAGGAGGUGCAGGGCCUGGUCAAGAGCGUCCCCGAGACAUCGCAGGAGUCGUUUGCCCGGCAGCGCUUCUCGCAGGCGGCAGAGGCGGGGAUUAAUGAGCAAAUCAACGUGGAGUACAACAACAGCUAUAUCUACCAUGCCCUGGCCGCCUACUUUGAUCGGGACAAUGUCGCCCUGCCCGGCCUUGCCAAGUUCUUCCGGCAGAGCGCCCUGGAGGAGCGCGAGCAUGCUGAGAUGUUCAUCAAGUACCAGAACAUCCGGGGGGGCCGCGUGAAGCUGCAGUCCAUUCUGGCACCGCAGACGGAGUACGAUCACAGCGACAAGGGGGAUGCCCUUUACGCCAUGGAGCUGGCGCUGUGCCUGGAGAAGCUGACCAACGAGAAGCUGCUGGCGCUGCACAAGACGGCAGAGGAGUCUGACGACCCGCAGAUGACCGACUUCAUCGAGGGCAACUUCCUGGAGGAGCAGGUGGAGGCCAUCAAGCAGGUGUCGGAGUACGUCUCGCAGCUGAGGAGAGUGGGCAAGGGACACGGUGUCUUCCACUUUGACCUGCAACUUCAGGAGGCAUUGGAGCACGCGGCUUGAGCCUUUGGUUACCAUAAACGAGGUCUUGUAUGUGAUAGAGAGGCUUCAGCUUAAAAGUUGUUGGAGCUUAGAUACAAUUAUGUUUGUAAACGUGCACUCUUGCCAGCAUCGCAUCACAAAUAACGGGUUCGAGGAAGUUUUUUUUUUUUUUUAAUUGGAUUGCCUUGUAAUAUGUAAGGACCUCGACAUGUUUGUCACUUCGCGCUGUCGAUUUGUGCGGAGUAUUUGAUGGCGCUAGUACAUGGGCGUUAGAUUGAAGAAGAAAUCUGUUGUUCGAGAAAUGUUCGGUGAUCCAAGACGGGAGCAUGUACGUCCUACUUCAUAAGUUCACCUUCUUGUCCAACCUUUCUUCUAGCUGUCGGAUGGAUAAGUUGUUGCCAAAUGGGCU